UGGGAUCGUUUGGAGGGACAGCAAGAACAUGGUGGACAAGAGCAAUGCAACCGUGCGAGACGCUCUCAAGGUUAUUCUGACAGAAGAAGAUAUACCUGGUGCAAAAAUUCCUCGCGAAACUGUAGAACAAUGUAGCGUCGUUCAAUUGAAAAGGUGGUUGCUGUGCAGGGGAGCAAAGACUACGGGAAAUAAGAAAGCAUUGAUAACAAGAGUUCAAGAUUACAUUAAGCAUGGACUAGACGUUAAAUAUCUCCGUGAUCCAGACGGUGGACUACACCUUCUCCGCAAGAAGGCUCAACUUGGAGUGCUGGAGGAGGAAGAGCCGCAGCUCAACCAAUUCUUGUUAUCUAAAGCAUGCUUCAAGCUUUCGAUUUCCUUUUGUAAUUUGCUGUUCACCUCUUUUAUGUUGUUGUUUUCUUUCUCCAACUGCUGAAUCUCUCCCUUAAGCUUAACAAUUUCUUGUUCUCUUGUUUGCAUUCUGUUGUAUAAACUGUUUAGUUGGUCUCCAGUAAGUAACGUUUGCAUUUCCACACUGGUACUGGUGUCAGCAUUAACAUUCAUAUUUUCUGUCUGUUCUUCAAAUUUAAAGUUCGCUUCCUGUGGUAAUUGAGCAAGUGCUGUUUUUCUUUUUUUGGUUUGCUCUAUUUUCUGUACAUCUUCGAAACUGGCCCUCUUGCGUUCUCUACGUUGAGCUGUCGGUUUUGUCCAUGGAAAAAUUGAAGGCAAGUGCGUUCUGCUAAGUUUUUCUCCUCCAUCGAAAUGAACUGAGCAAAUCCGCGUACUCGUAGAAUCUAAUUUCAGAGUCUCGUUCCUCAUAAGAACCACGUACUUUCUACGUAUAUGAGGGUCUUUUGGAAUUCUAUAAUACUGAAGGUUAGGUGCAUUUCUGUAACUAUUAGUGCAGCCUGGAAUACAGCAGUUAUAGUGUGCCAUGUUUGUCACACGUCAGCUGUGCGUUUGUUUACCUUCACGCUGUCCCUCCAAACGAUCCCAAGAGCCUUUAUGGUGGCAAAUCGUACCCAGACCGCCGCUCGUUUUGAAAAUGGCUAAUUUAUUUUU